ACUUUAAAUUCGAAUCUUGAGCACAACAGCGAUACAUUUAAACAUCAUCCAGGCUACUUGCACAUUCCGGAAAAAAAAAUAUAUUUAGUAGCCUAGUCCUUUUAAGCAGUAGACUUGGAUAUCCUUAUCCAGGUGUUCUUUGAGAAGAACAUCAACCACAUAUCUAUAAUUUAUCCGUUGGAUUUCGACAUCAUGACUAACGUUCAAAUUUCCACCAGCACCUUGGAGCGCUUGUUGGCAAGGAGGACCUUCCCUCUUCACGCUCGCACGGGCGUUUGUCGGAAUCUCUUUGGACCGGUGGAUCACGACGAGCUAAACCGGGAGAUGAAAUCCAAACUCCGAGAAAUCUCCGAAUUGGACCAGCGAAAGUGGAACUUUAAUUUCGAGAGAGACGAGCCUUUGCGUGGAGAUUACGAGUGGGAGGAAAGCCCGUUAGAAACCUCGCCUGCUUUCUAUCAUGAAUCUGCGCAAAUUGGGCGAAGCCGAGUUGUUCUGCCAGUCAACCCAUCCGUGGACUCGAGACCACGGGACUGUACUGCUCAGGAUGCACCUGUACAUUGCGAGGACCGUCUUGCUGGUUCCGAAGUCAGCGCUCCCUGUUCAAGCGAAGUGAACCAGGAGAACUGUGCGGAUACGCUCAACUCAGGGAAAAGGUCUCGUAAAGUAAACCCCAACAGCAGGCGAAAAAGAUCUACUGCCAGUGAUCUCACCACAACACACAUCACAGACUUCUACGUGAAAAGGAGACGAACGAUGGGUGCGAAGCCAGGUGAAAAUGUUUGCCAGCAGUCUUCGACCCCACUCCCAAUCGAGCAAACUCCACGCAAGAGAAUUCGCUGAAGAUAUUUGCACUGCAAUUAUUGGACAGUGUCUUCUGCCGUUCGGGUCUGCGAGAUGCCAAGACGGAGGCGGACAGUCUGAUCAUCCGUCGGCCCUGUGCGAGGCGAACAGAGGCGUUUUUGGAUCUCAGGACUGCCUGUCGAGCGAGAGAUGGAACUCGCUGAAGGACUUACGUUCAGAUAUAUGUAGCAUAAUGGUUGCUUUGCAUACAGCCACUUGACAGUGUUAAAUUGUUUAACAACUGUGCAAUCCUAAAUUACUUUAAAAUUGUCUACACUGGCCAAAAGUGUACAGCUUUAAAAGACAAUAUAAAUGUUUUAUUUCUGUUAACUAUAUCUUUUGUAUAUAUAUUUUGAAAGACUAUUUUUAACUUAUAAUUUAUUUAUGUUUCAUUUUAUUUGCAUUAUGCCUUGUUCUACCUGAAGGGCGACGUUUUAUAGUUUUUUUUUUUUUUCAUUAUUAUUAUUAUUAUUAUUAUUAUUGUUAUUAUUAUUUUUAUUGUGUUUUGCAAUCAAUGUAGCUUUUUCAUAGCACACUUGACAGUUAGGGUGCAUCAUGUUUCUGAGCCGUUCUAUUCAUCACUGCCCUGAAUUUUUGUUCCACAAAAGAAGCAAAUAAAACUAUUUUCAUUUAAAAAUCAGAA